AUGAAAAUCACAGCUACGUUUCUCAUUUUAGCGGGCUCGCUGUUCGGCGCGACAACUAGCGCAGAAGAUGGGGCCCGCAAACAUAAAAUGCUACAGCGCGCGCUACCCAACGCCCCCGACGGCUACACCCCGGACAAUGUGAGUUGUUCGGCUACUCGGCCUACAGUGCGCAGUGCCUCGACUCUCUCCUCGAACGAGACCUCGUGGCUCAAGACUCGCCGGGGAAAGACCGAAUCGGCCCUGAAAGACUUCUUCGGCCAUGUCACCAUUGCAGACUUCAACGCAACGGAAUAUAUCGACCGAGUCUCCGGAAACACCUCGAACCUGCCCAAUAUCGGGAUUGCGGUAUCUGGAGGCGGCUAUCGAGCCCUGAUGAACGGUGCAGGGGCCAUCAAGGCAUUCGAUAGCAGGACGAACAACUCCACGAGUGAUGGUCAACUUGGUGGCUUGCUGCAGUCGGCAACAUACCUGGCUGGCUUGAGCGGCGGCGGCUGGUUGGUUGGUUCGGUUUAUAUGAAUAACUUCAGUACCAUUUCCCAUUUGCAGACGUACGACGACGGCGACAUCUGGCAGUUCCAGAAUUCCAUUUUCGAGGGACCAGAGGGAAAUGGCAUUCAGCUAUUUGACUCUGCCUCUUACUAUAGGGAUAUCUAUGAUGCUGUGCAGGGCAAAUCGCGUGCAGGUUUCAACACUUCCAUCACCGAUUAUUGGGGGCGUGCCCUUUCUUAUCAGCUGAUCAAUGCUUCCAAUGGGGGGAUCGACUACACCUGGUCGUCAAUCGCUCUGACCGAUUCCUUCAAGAAGGCCGAGAUGCCAAUACCGAUACUGGUUGCUGACGGUCGAUAUCCGGAUGAGCUACUUGUGAGUAGCAAUGCUACCGUUUACGAAUUCAAUCCCUGGGAAUUUGGCACCUUCGACCCUACCGUCUACGGAUUUGCGCCUAUUGAGUAUCUAGGGUCUCGUUUUGUAGCUGGGUCUCUUCCUCAGAAUGAAAGCUGUGUUAGGGGAUUUGACAACGCGGGCUUUGUGAUGGGGACUUCAUCGAGUCUUUUUAAUCAGUUCCUCUUACAGAUUAACUCUACAGCUCUCCCGGACUUCUUGAAAUCGGCUUUUACGAGCAUUUUGGAGGACAUUGGACAAGAAAACUACGACAUCGCGCUCUACACACCAAAUCCUUUCUACCAUUGGGCCAACAACUCGUCGCCAGCUGCAAAUGAAACCAUGCUCGACCUAGUCGAUGGUGGUGAAGACCUCCAAAAUAUCCCACUGCAUCCACUGAUUCAGCCUGAGCGCCAUGUUGAUGUCAUCAUCGCGGUGGAUUCGUCUGCUGACACUGACAAUAAUUGGCCGAAUGGUACUGCUAUGGUUGCUACCUACGAACGGAGCUUGAACUCCACGGGCAUCGGAAAUGGAACAGCUUUCCCGGCGGUUCCAGACCAGAAUACCUUCGUCAACCUGGGCCUCAAUACGCGGCCGACCUUUUUUGGCUGCAACUCGUCGAAUCUGACAGGACCAGCGCCACUGAUUGUCUACCUUCCCAAUUACCCAUAUGUGUCUUACUCGAACGUUUCCACCUUCAAACCGGAAUACGAAGAGUCGCAGAGAGAUCAGAUCAUCCAGAAUGGGUACGACGUUGCGACAAUGGGCAACAACAGCCGUGACGCGGAUUGGUCGACGUGUGUGGGGUGCGCGAUUCUGAGUCGAUCGCUCGAACGCACCAACACCAGCGUCCCGGAUAUCUGUAACCGGUGCUUUGACAGAUAUUGUUGGAACGGCACGACGAACUCCACCACACCGGGCGAGUAUAAGCCAGCUGUUGUGUUCAGCAGUGAAGGCGCUAUUGUGUCGCGUGCUGUAUUUCUUGGUGCCUUGGCGGCAACAGUGACUGCGGGCGCUUUGCUGUAA